AUGGGUUAUGCACUGGGCUCAGCUGCCCCCAUCCAGGACAGCCAGCUGCUGACCCAGCUGCUGGGCUGCAGCCAGCACAGCUCCUGGCGCAGCAGCUCUGGUGGGACCCUCACUGCUCCGGAGGGGGGUUCUCUGGAGCCCCUCAACUUGCACUGGGGCACUGUCAAGCUGAGGUCGUCUCUUGCGAGACAGCAGCGUCCCCUGGCCCUGAGCCCCGCCGACGUGGAGAGCCUGGCGCUGCUGCCGGGGGGCAGGGACGGCUGCGGGGAGCUGCCAGCUGCGAUGGACGAGAUCCAGGACGCAUUGACCCCCAGCCACCUGAAGAAGGCCAAGCUGAUGUUUUUCUUCACUCGCUACCCCAGCUCCACUCUGCUGAAAGCUUACUUCCUCGAUGUGCAGUUCAGCCGCUGCAUCACCUCCCAGCUCAUCAAGUGGUUCAGCAACUUCCGUGAGUUUUACUACAUCCAGGUGGAGAAGUUUGCCCGGCAGGCCCUGCUGGAGGGUGUUGUGGAUGCCAGUGUCCUCCGGGUCUCCCGGGACUCGGAGCUCUUCCGUGCCCUCAACACGCACUACAACAAGGGAAACGACUUUGAGGUGCCGGGGCGGUUCCUGGAGGUGGCCAGCCUGACGCUGCGGGAGUUCUUCAGCGCCGUCAGGGCAGGCAAGGAUGCCGACCCUUCCUGGAAGAAACCCAUUUACAAAAUCAUUUCCAAACUGGACAGUGACAUCCCAGAAGGUUUCAAGGCUGCAGGCUGUUCCCAGGAACUUCUGCGCAGCUGA